UCCCAAAGUAAAUUGCGGGAGAGUUGUCCUGGGCCAAAAGACGCACUAAAGAAAGCCCUCCAAAAUUCGAAACUCACCCAAUUUGAGUUUUGACUUGAGGCGCUUGGCCAUGGCUGGAACAGUCUGGGAGGAGGAGUGGGAGCUGUGCAACGACGACGGCUUCGUUUACAAGAGAAAGAAAAGAAGACAAGAUUCUAUUGCUGCUGCUGCACCACCAGUACCGGCUUCUGAUCCAGUGGUGGAGAAGAGGCAGCGGAGAGAGCGGAAGAAGAGGACGCUGAUGAAGCUGAGAGAUCAGUACCAGAAAGAGAUCGACCACUGGGAACGCUUGUCUAACAUGUUACAGGAGAUGGAGAAAAGCACCCACCAGCAACAAACUUUUGUUGAAUUUCCUUUGCAGUCGUUGCAGACCUCAGGUUCCGUUUGCCAGCCAUUGAUCGACGACCUCUUAUUACAGGCGGAAGCCCAAGAAGCUAUUAUUCAGAAUCUUGCGAACCUAUGUGAUGUGGCGGAGGUUAUGUGCAAGGCGUCUGAUGAAGGCUUGAAGCAAUCUUUCUUCGAACUUCCAAUAUGGGGCACUCCCUGUGGCCUCAUGGCCUCUCUGUCCGACGAGUGAUCUGUUGCGACAAAUGAAUUUGAUCAUAAUUCCCUUUGUAAUGAUUGUCAUGUAUUCUCUCAUGAAAUGUUAAAAGUUCUUUGUCAAUAUUCCGUCUCUCUUUAUUAGUAUC